UUACAUCAAAACUUCUUUACGUUCGGAGUCUAAUAGGAAGUGAGCUCCACCAUAAUACAUUGGUAUUGACAGAUGUAAAAAAUAAUAGAGCUUACUUGACAUGUGGCGCCCCAACAUUAAAUUCAGAAAUGCAUCUGAAGCCCCUGAUGUCAUAUUUUUUUGAAUUGCAAGAGGGUAGUUGAAAGGAGCGAGCCCGCAAGACUUAAAGGGUUCGCAUGAAGAAACUGUCAUCAACACUUUGUAGACUUUCUUCUAAUCUUACCACAAGACCCUCAAGCCCCAUUGCUGUUGCCAAGAACCUUUCGAUGGAAGACAUCUGCAGGGGGAAAUCAAUUUUAUAUCUCCUACGAAACAAGGAUAUUGAUGAAGCCCACCGCAUCUUCCUUCAAAUUCCAUCUGCAGAUAUUCAUCUCUACACCAUGAUGAUCAACCGUUUCUCGCAAGCCAAUCGGAUUGGCGAUGCAUUGCAGCUUUUUGAUAGCAUGCCGCGCAGAGACAUUCCCUGCUGGAACUCCAUGAUCAAGUCUUGUAUUGAUUGUGGAUACUUGUGCCUUGCUCAGAAACUUUUUGCAGAAAUGCCUGAGCGCAAUGUGAUUUCUUGGACCACUAUUGUUAGUGGACUAGCAAAAUUUGGUUGCAUUGAUGCUGCUGAGAAGCUGUUUAAUACAAUGCCUGACAGGGACACUGCUGCGUGGAAUUCAAUGAUAACAGGGUAUUGUGAAAAUGGUAGAGUUCAUGAUGCACAAUUGCUGUUUGAGAAAAUGCCUCACCGCAAUGUGAUAUCUUGGACUGCAAUGAUUGGGGCGUAUGCUCAGAUUGAUGACAGCAAUAAGGCUUUGUGUCUUUUUCAGCAAAUGUGGGUUCGAGGUAUUAAGCCCACUUCCAGUACAUUUGCUUGUGCACUAACUGCUUGUGCUAAUUCAACAGAUUCAGACCUCGGCAUCCAGAUUCAUGCGACUGUUAUCAAGACGGGCUAUGAUGAAGAAAAUUUUACUUUAACUUCCCUGAUCAAUUUCUAUGCCAACUGUGAGCAAAUUGAAAGCUCUUCUAAACUGUUUGAGGAGGUUGAGAAUAGAAAUGUGGUCUUGUGGACAGCUCUUAUAACUGGAUAUGGUUUAAAUGGUAGACAUGAAGAAGCGCUGGACGAAUUUUACAAGAUGGUUCGGUCAGGGAUCAUGCCUAAUCAAUCCACUUUCUCUAGUUCUCUGAGCUCAUGUUGUGGGCUGGAAGCUCUUGAUAGAGGUAAAAGGAUUCAUGCUGCUGUUAUUAAGCAAGGAUUUGACUUGGAUGUAUUUGUUGGAAACUCUCUUGUAGUCAUGUACUCAAAAUGUGGAGAUGUAACAGAUUGCUUGAAGAUCUUUAACAACAUGAGUAUAAGGAACCUUGUAUCAUGGAAUUCUAUCAUUGUUGGCUGCGCCCAGAAUGGCUACGCGUCCCAGGCACUAGAGUUCUUUGAUCAAAUGUCAGCUUUCCAUGUUAAACCUGAUGAGAUUACAUUUGUUGGGCUUCUAAAUGCUUGCAGUCAUUCUAGAAUGAUUGGAAAGGGGAGACAGAUUUUCCAAAUGUUGAAAGAAAACCCUUCUGUUGAUGUUCGAGCAGAGCAUUAUGCUUGUAUGGUUGAUAUUUUGGGUCGUUCGGGAAACCUGGAAGAAGCUGAGGAGUUCAUAGGAAGCAUGCCUAUGAAACCAAAUGUCAUGGUAUGGCUGGCCUUGCUUAGUGCCUGUAGAGUGCAUUGUAAUGUAGAAAUUGCCCAGAAAGCUGCAGGAGAGAUCUUUUAUCUGGACCCAUAUAACAGUGCUGCGUAUGUAUUAUUGUCUAACAUAUAUGCUUCUGCUGGUAGAUGGAAUGAUGUAGCGCAGACAAGAAUGAUGAUGAGGUCUCAUGGUAUUGUGAAGAUUCAAGGUUCUAGUUGGAUUACAGUAAACGAAACCCGAUAUGAAUUUGUCUGUGGAGAUAGGUCCAAUCCUUUAAGCACUGAGAUAGACAAAAAACUUGAUUGGCUAGAUGAAAAGCUGAAAGAGUAUGGUUACAUUUGUGAGAAAACCUUUGCCUUGCAUGAUGUGGAUGAUGAACAGAAAGAGUAUUCAUUGAAGUAUCAUAGUGAGAAGCUUGCUGUUGCCUUUGGUCUUCUUGUUACUGCAAAUGGAAGCACUGUAAGGGUUAUGAAAAACCUACGGGUAUGUGGCGACUGCCACGCAGCAAUAAAGCUAAUAUCAAUGAUUGUUGGGCGUGAAAUUGUUCUAAGGGAUUCAAGUCGUUUUCAUCACUUUAGGGAUGGCUUAUGCUCAUGUGGAGAUUACUGGUAGAUUUUAGUAAUCCAUUCUUUCUAAAGGUCAGUUACUGCUAUUGCUAGGAGCUCAUAGAAUGAGCUUUGUAAAAUAUACUGGAGGUAGAAGGGAAGGAUAUAUGUCCAGCAUAGAUUUGACCAACUCUGCUCUAGUAUUCAACAUAAAAAUAUAAAAAAGAUGGAGCCUCCAUUUACUUGAAAGCUGGUCUUCAAAAUUGCUUUAUAGGGUAACAAAAUUGAUCAAGCAGAUGGAAAUCAGUGACUUAAAGGUCAAAGAUGCGUGUGCUUCUUUCUUUACAAAUUUUCAUUGGGUAAAUGCCGAAACAGUUCCUGUUGAGACUUUGGAAUAUCAUUAUUAGGAGUAUUAGCACAUGCUAAAUGGUCCUUCUGCUGGCAAUGUGAA